GCAGAAGAAAUAGUAGUAGCUACUACUAGAAUUGAAACAAUGUUAGGUGAUACUGCUGUUGCUGUACAUCCUGAUGAUCAAAGGUAUAAACAUCUCCAUGGAAAAUUUGUUAUUCAUCCAUUCUGUAAUCGACGAAUGCCAAUUGUCUGUGAUAAAUUUGUUGAUCCAAAUUUUGGCACAGGUGCUGUAAAGAUUACCCCAGCUCAUGACCAUAAUGAUUAUGAAGUAGGAAAAAGACAUAAUUUACCUUUUAUUAAUAUACUUGAUGAUGGAGGAAUUAUCACAAACAACUGUGGACAAUUUACAGGGUUAAAGCGUUUUGAAGCAAGAAAAGCUGUGUUAAAAGCACUUGAAGAUAUUGGAUUAUAUAGAGAUUGCAAAGAUAAUCCUAUGGUAGUACCCAUUUGCAAAAAUAGAAAAAGUAUUUAUAAGAAAGACCAAUAA